AUGGAAGCGACUACUUUAAAUACGAAUCAUCUCUCAAACCUACCGAAACUACGAAACAUUGAAAAUUGUCUUCUGGUUUGGCUCGACUCGAAUAUCAGUGAGUCGGAUGAUUAUUAUCGAAGUUCAAUCGAUGAACUACAACAUAUCGUUAACUUCGUAUAUUCUUUUUCGGAUGUCGAUCAAUGUGUUGAUUUUGUAACUGACAUCGAUUAUGAAAAAGUAUUUAUGAUUAUAUCCGAUUCAUUGGCUCAACAGAUGUUACCUGCUAUUGAAAAUGUGCCUCAAAUUGAGUCGAUUUAUAUCCUUGCUCACAAUGACGUGGAGAAUGAAAUUAUCAACAGAAAAUGGGCAAAAGUGAAGAAUACCUUCACUCAGUUCGAUGAAUUGUGCAAAUCUCUGAAACGAGACACUCGCUCUUGUGAAUAUAACAUUUCUUCGAUUAAAAUUCUACGUCCUGUUAAUUCACUUAAUCAAGAUUUGAAUGAAUUGGAUCAAUCAUUUAUGUAUUCACAACUUUUGAAAGAAGUUUUGCUUGAAACAAAUUACAACGAUGAUUCAAAGAGAAAACUCGUUGAAUUUUGUCGGCAUCACUAUCGUGAUAGUAUAUCACAGUUAAAAAUCAUCGAUGAAUUUGAUCGAGACUAUCACAAUCAUACACCGAUAUGGUGGUAUACACGGGAAUGUUUCACCUAUUAUAUGCUCAAUCGAGCUCUGCGAACUCAAGAUAUCGAAGUGAUUAUCAACAUGGGCUUUUUCUUACGAGAUGUUCACGAACAAAUUCGAAUGUUACAUGCAGAAACACCGAUUAAUUCUAUUCCCUCUAUAGUUUACCGAGGACAAGGAAUGAGCAAAACGGAAGCAAAAACACUUCGGGAAAAUCUUGAGGGUGGGUUGCUUGCUUUCAACAGUUUUCUAUCAACAAGCGUCAAUCGCGAACUAUCUGUGCUUUAUGCAGAAAGCGCCGCACAGAAUCCGGAUCUAGACGGAAUUCUAUUCCAAAUCAGUAUCGAUCCUACUAUCAAGGUAACGCCAUUUGCUGCAGUAAACAACUACAGCUAUUAUGGUAAUACGGAGGAUGAAAUACUGUUUUCAAUGCAUACGGUUUUUCGUAUUGAUGGGAUAAAACAGCUACAAAACGACAUAUCUCUGGUCGACUUAACGUUAACGACCGACGAUGAUCCACAACUUCGUAUUUUAACAGAUCAUCUAAGACAAGAGAAUUCUGGAACUCGAAAAGGGAUUCGUCUGGCUCAGCUGUUAUUCAAAAUGGGGAAGUUCGACGAAGCUGAAGAGAUCUAUCAGACAGAGCGUAAACUGGCAUCGGAUAGUAAUGUUGAACACUUGGUUCAAGUUUAUGACAACCUUGGCAACGUCCAAAGAUCCCGGGGUGAUUAUAAUACCGCUCUUUCAUACUUUGAAAAGGCACUUGAAUUAGUACAACAAAACUUUUCCAUAGAAAAACGCAUCGUUAUUUCUUUAUAUAUCAAUGUUGGCUUGUUGAAACAAACCAUGCAAGAUUAUUCAGGCGCCCUGAUGUGCUACCAGGAAGCACGAGAUAUUUGUGAAGUAUAUUUUCCAUCUACUUAUAGUUUACUAGCUAGUAUUUAUCAUAAUCUUGGGUAUCUGUACUCUGAUAUGCACGAAUACUCAACGGCACUUUCAUUUUAUGAAAAAUCAUUAGAAAUGAGUGAAACAUUUCUUCCUGGAAAUCAUUUAGAUAUGUCGAUUACAUAUAAUGGUAUGGGUGAAAUAUAUAGGCGUCAGGGACAAUAUUCAACUGCGAUCUCGUAUUUUGAAAAAGUGAUAAAAAUUCGAGAAAAAACUCUUCUUCCAGGUCAUAUAGCUAUAGCUACUGCGUAUAAUAGUAUGGGUGUUUUAUACCAAAACACGAAAGAUUAUCCAACUGCGCUCUCGUUUUUGCAAAAGGCGCUGCGCUUCUGGGAGGAAAGUCCCUAUGUGUCCCAUACAAACUUCGCUGGAACAUAUCUCAACAUUGGUUCGCUAUAUAAAGAAAUGAAAGAUUACUCAAAUGCUCUUGUGUACUGCCAAAAAGCGUACGAUAUAUAUCAGAAGUCUCUUCCUCCACAUCACGCUUAUUUCGCUAUUGCACACAAAGAAAUUGCUUCCGUGCAUUAUAGAAUGAAAAAUUAUGCCAACGCACUCCCGCAUUAUGUGGCAACAUUGGACAUUGCUCAAACAAUUUCCAUAUAUGAAGAUGACCAAUACAUUGAUAUUUAUAUUUCCCUUGCUACCAUAUAUAGGAAUAUGAAAGAUUAUAAAAAUGCGCUCAUAUUUCAUCAAAAGACUCUCGAGUUCGUAAAGAAGGUUAGUCCAGGCGAUCAUUUUCUGAUCGCAGACGUCUUGAAAAAUACCGGCGAAGCACAACGUCUAUUAGGAAACUACGAUGAUGCUAUAUCAUCUUUUGAACAAGCUCUCGUGAUGCUUUUGAAAUGGCUUAAACCAACUUAUCCAUCAAUAGCAUUCAUCUACAAACGGAUUGGAAUGAUAUAUAAUACAAAACAGGACUUCUUAAAUGCACUAUCGUACUUCCAUCAAGCAUUGGAUGUUGAAGAAAAGUCUGUGCCACUUGAUGAGGCAAAUCUAAGCGCUACCUAUGACAACCUUGCGAGUGUUUACGCAAGUCUAAAUGACUACUCGACGGCAACAUCUUAUUUGCAACAAGCGUUAGUCAUUGAGGAAAAAAGGGUUCCGCAAGACGGUUGUUCCUUAUUUCAUGUUUACAAUAAUAUGGGUUCGAUAUAUAGCCGUACGGGGGACUAUUUCAUGGCAAUCUUAUUUAUGAAAAAAGCGUUAGCAAUUUGCGAAAAAACAAUGCCAGAAGACGAUCAUAAACUAAACUUAAUCCACGCACAACUUAGCUUUGUUUAUAGACGUAUGGGGUGUGAUGAAAUGGCCUUAUUCUACGCACAGCGUAUCGAGAACUUCGAUUUUACUCGUUUGACCAAAUAUUCAGACUCUUUAUAG